UAAUUUAACGGUUUAUAUUUUUACGUCAAACAAGUAAUAGUAUUGCAAAUUUGCAAUUAACGGAUGGUUUAAUAGUUUAAUUAGUUGAUAGCUCGUAGAGAAAAGUCUUUUGAAGGAAAAAUCUCCAUUUCUUUGAAAUUUCUUGACGACGUUCCUGAAGAAUGGCCAAAACCAGAAUUUUUUCCUGCGUGCUUCAACAGAAUUCCACAGAGUUUCCAAUUUCCUGACUUGUGACUUGUGACUUUAUGGUGGCCACUGAUCUUGUGUACUUCAAAUGGCUGAUAUUGUGGAGAAUAUUCCAAUUCUUUACAACACCUUCACAGCAUGCAUGGAGGUGCCUGAAAAGUGUUUAAAGCUGAGAGUCCAACUGCAACAAAUAUCAAGUACAGAGAGCGAUAUGAUUGCACGGUUGAAGUCAGAGGAGGAUGGAAAUCCAAGCACGAAGCAGAAGGAAUAUGUGAGGACUCUGUUUAAACUAAUCGAGAAUUUCAUAAAAAUGGCCACUAAGACCCUGGAGAAACAUGGGGGAGGGGGUUGGUGGAGUCGCAUAGUUAUGGUUCUAAAAGCAGAUAACCUUCUCAAGGAAGGAGAAUAUUUACUAAGCCAAGCUGACCACCUAAUGAAGGAAGGCCUAACGUUUGAUGAAGUCUACACGCGAGGUAUGAAGUUACCUGUAGAGAAGUUCAUUGGCGUUACUAUGAAGAAGCUCCACGAAGACGCUUUUCGUUCCAUAAAGACUAGGGUUGACAUCAUUGGCAUACAUGGGAAUUUGGGUGCUGGGAAAACCAACUUCAUGAAAGCCUUGUAUAAUAGUGUGCACGAUGACCAUAAGCACUUUAAGGCUGUGUUUUGGGCAGGGGCUCCCCAGGAACAACAACAUGAUAUCAAGAGCUUGCAGGAAUGUGUUGCAGAGGCUAUGAAAUUUAAGUUUGAGGAUGAGGAUGUGGUGAGAAGAAGCAGUUUGCUGCAAGCAAAGUUGAAGAAUAUGACACCUGGUCAUGUCAUUCUCUUUGUCGAUAAUGUAAAGGAGCAAUUUCUAAUGAACGAGGUAGGGAUUCCAAUUGGAUAUGAUGAAGCUGAAAAUUUCUGCUGUACACUUGUAUUUACGACUUCAUCUGAGGAUGUUUGCAAUAAGAUGCGUUGUUCAACGCAAUUCAAAAUGAAUCUCCUUGCUGAGGAUGAAGCUCGAGAGUUGUUCUUGCAUGAAGCUCGCUUGAGUAAUACUCAUUGUACCCGAGCUCAUGGCCGGAGGAUGGUAAAGGUGGCAAAUGAUGUGGCAAAGCAAUGCGCACGUGUGCCUUUUGUCAUCACACUAAUUGCCCGGUCUAUGACCGGGAAAGAUGACAUUUGUGAGUGGAAGAAUCGCCUCAAUGAGCUGAAGGGCAUUGUUGAGGACUUGCAUGGUGAUGAGGCCAAGAUAUUAGAGCAACUAAAGUUCAGCCUUAAUUGCAUCAAAGACCACACCAUCCGGGUUUGCUUCUUGGAUUCUGCGAGUGUACUCCUCGAGGGGCAUCAAUAUACUAGACAAAAGCUCAUUCAGCUCUGGGUUCAAAACAGAAGAAUCGGUAUGAAACGUCGUAAGGUUGCUAGUCUGACUACCGCUGUCACCGAUCAGGGUCAUACUAUUAUAAAUGAACUCCAAAGAGCAUACUUGCUGGAAAUCCAAGAACUAGAUGGGACAGAAUACGUGAGUAUGAAUAAGUGGAUCAGAAAAAUGGCUAUGAAUAUACUACACGAGGAGGCGGCAGUACCAUGAUGAUACCUUUCGGCUUUCAGGUGCUGGGUCCAGUCUUUCGAGUGCAAAUGGUCCACAUACCAUCUUUAUAGCUAUUCGUGGUACACAUUGUAAGGAAGUCAUUUUUUCAUCUGAAAAGUGUGCAAUUGCUUGCAUGCCAUUGAAAACAAAAGAUGUUUUCCUUUCAAGACAUUUGUUUUGUAGAAAGGAUGUAUGAUGUAUGUUGUUUCAAUUUCUUUGUAGAGUUGGCGUACUUGAUGAACCGUGAACGAUGUUGGUCAAAUGCUUGUGAUUGACUAAUUGUUGUCGUCCUUUUUUGGGGUUUACCGAUUCUCAUAUAUACAUUUCAUAUGCUUCAUGGAUCA